AUGAGCAGGAACAACCUCCUCAACUCCAACACCCCCGUGGUCCAGUUCGCCCGUGCACGCAUGGCAGACCGCAGCGACGAGAUCGAGAAGGGCCAAGCCGUCACCAAGCCCAAGUCCGCCACCGGGAAGCCCGAGAGGAGGGACUUCCUGUCGCGGUUCAUCGAGGCCCGGGGCAAGGACCCAGAGUUCAUCAGCCAGCAGCGCGUCCUGGCCCUGACCGUCGCCAACAUGUUCGCCGGCUCCGACACCACGGCCAUCACCCUGCGCUCCAUCUUCCACAACCUCCUCACCCACCCCGCCGCCAUGGAGAAGCUGCUGGCCGAGCUCGCCGCGGAGGGCGCGGCCGGCAGGCUGGCCAAGGCCGACUACGAGACUGAUGACCGCGAGAGGGGCGAGUAUGCGGAAACCCUCGUGCGCUGGAACGACGUGCGCGAGCUCCCGUACCUCACCGCCGUCAUCUACGAGGGGCUGCGGUGCCACCCGGCCGCUGGGCUGCCGCUCGAGCGCAUCGUGCCUGCUGCAGGGCUGAACAUUGACGGCCACCAUAUCCCUGCGGGCAGCAUCGUCGGCUGCUCGGGCUGGGUGAUUCACCGUGACGAGGGCGUGUAUGGGGCCAAGGCGGAUGAUUUCCGUCCUGAGCGGUGGAUCGAGGCGACGCCCGAGCAGCUGUCGAAGAUGAGGAACUGCCUGCUGUCGUUUGGCCAGGGCUCGCGCACCUGCGCAGGGAGGAACGUGUCCCUGCUGGAGAUGUACAAACUUAUCCCUGCGUUGUUGCGGAUGUUCGAGGUACGUUUGUGGGUUGACCAGCCACUCCCCAACCUGGCCUCAUAUAGAAAGAUAAAGAGGACCCUCCCCCCUUUCAGGCCCCCCCUUCAGGCCGACCCGUACUAUUUGCCCGGUUGCUAA